AUGACUAGUCCCGAGGACGCCGAUCCUCCGGUGGGCGAGACUUCGCUUCAGCAGAAAUUCUUCCGAUACUUCCAGCAUGAGAUCACUGAGCUCCAGAACCAGAUCGACCGGCUUUCAGAGCGUCCCGCCAUAGCUGGCGAGCGCGCCGAUGCAGCAGAUCACUGUCUGGCUGGCAUUAGCCGGCUGUCUAGUGAGGUGAAGGACGCUUCAACCUAUCUGCCACCAUACGACCAAAGGACUUACGCUGAGGCCGUCAAAGCACUACAGGACAAACUCCAGGACACCCGCGCCACUCUUGCUCCGAAGCAGAAGUUCAGUUUCAAGUCAGCAAGGAAGUCGCCUUCCGCCGUCUCAUUGUCUGAUGCCGCUGAACUAGCCGCGCAGAAGCGGCGGAACAUCCCUGGAUACCUCUCGCCCAAUGACAACACUCCCAGCUCAUCACUUUCAGUCACUCCAGGCUAUCUGCAGACACCACCUCACGAGCGGUCAACAGGCAAUCGCCCAGUUCCUGACUCGGCACCUCCACCUUCUUCAUCCCUGACCCAGUCCACAACCACAGCAGAGCUUUCCAAUAAUGACAAGGAGAACAACGAUCCAGCGUCAGAUUCCUCAUCGACUUCACGACCGAUCUUGCACCAGACCUCAACGUCCAUGAGCAUAAAUUCAUCAAGCAAAGCCCACAUCAUUCUCCCCUCCACAUCCUCACGGUCCGCCAACACGCCCUGCACCAUCUCACGCCUUACCUCUUGCGUACUCGACCUCUCCUCCGCCGCAUCCUCCACAUCUGGCGUCAGCAGCACCAAGUCGCCUUCCUCAUUUGCAACGCUCACCAUCACCCACGUCACCAACUCGCUCCUCUCUUGCGGCACAGUCACCGGACCAGCACAUGUCACCGCCCUGAAGAACAGCGUGCUAGUCAUCACCUGCCGACAACUCAGAAUGCACGAAUGCCAUGAUGUGGUCGUCUACCUCCACUGCACCUCGAGACCCAUCAUUGAGGACUGUUCAGGCGUGAAAUUCACAACCCUCCCGCAAACACACCUGGACCUGCUCAAGUUGGCACGAUCGGAAGAGAACUCUUCAGCUGCGGAGUCGAGUUCAAUAUAUGACUCAAAGAACAUGUACGAUCAAGUCGACGACUUCAAAUGGCUCAAAUCAGAACCGAGUCCAAACUGGGCCGUCUUGCCGCCCACCGAACGGGUACCGGAGGAGGUCUGGCGGGAAGUCGUGCCUGGUGGACCAGGUUGGGGCGUUGAUGAUAUCCUCAAGAGUGUCGGGAUUGGUGCAACUGGUCGGUAG